AGAGAGUGGUGGAAGUAAAAUUAUAAAGAAGGGAUUUGAGUAGGGUUUCAUUUGAAAUAUAUGGUGAUGGAGAUGAAGAGGAUGAUGAUGGUAAGAAUAUCAAGAGAAGGUUUUUGGAAGAGUUGGUUGAUUUGUGGAGUGGUGGGUUUGGUUGUGAUGUUCGGAUCAAUGGUUUGGUUGGCAAAUUCUUCUUCUCAAUCUCCAAUGAGAAUUCUUGUGGAUACUGACGUUGAUACCGAUGAUAUUUUUGCCCUAUUCUACCUUCUCAAGCAACCUUCCUCGCUCUUUCAUCUUCAGGCAAUAACAAUCAACGGGAAUGGAUGGAGCGACGCGGGACAUGCGGUGAACCAUUUGUACGACAUGUUGUUCAUGAUGGGGCGAGACGACAUCCCAGUUGGUGUCGGCGGAGAGGGCGGCAUUUCCCCUAAUGCUACUAUUUCCCCUCACGUCGGUGGCUAUUUACCACUCAUUGAUCAGGGUGUGUCGACGGCGGGGCAAUGCAGAUACAGGCAAGCGAUUCCGGUGGGAGAGAAAGGACGUCUCUAUGCCAAUACCAACUUUGGUUUACGUAAACCCUUUCUUCCUCAGGGUAAGAGGAGAUAUAUUCCUAUGAAGCAGCCAACUGCACAGCUGGUGAUGAAAGAUGCAGUAUCUGCAGGGCCUACUACAGUUUUUCUUAUGGGAGCUCAUACAAACUUGGCCAUAUUUCUUCUAUCAAAUCCUCAUUUGAAGAAAAAUAUAAAGCAUAUAUAUGCCAUGGGUGGUGCUAUUAGAGAAAUUUGCUCAGAAAAUGCUGACAAAUCUCAUGGGAAGACGUGCAACAAUAUCGGGAACUUGUGGCCUCCAAAUACAAAUCCAUAUGCCGAGUUCAAUAUAUUUGGAGACCCUUUUGCUGCCUACACAGUACUACAUUCUGGAAUCCCUGUUACACUUGUUCCUCUGGAUGCAACAAGUACCAUUCCUGUGAAUGAGAAAGUAUUUUUGGAAUUUGAACAGAGACAGAACACUUAUGAGGCUAAAUAUUGUUUCCAGUCUUUGAAAAUGGCUCGCGAUACUUGGACUGGCAAUGGAUUUUUUGAAAUUUAUUCGAUGUGGGAUUCUUUUAUGGUUGGUGUAGCUUUGUCCCAAAUGUAUAAUUCGGACAGAGGGAGUGGAAAUAAUGCCUUUUCGAAGAUGGAAUAUCUAAAUAUCACUAUUGUUACGUCCAACAAACCUUAUGGGAUCUCUGAUGGAUCAAAUCCACUUGUCGAUGGACAUUUGCUCCCAAAAUUUGGUGUCCAAAAGAAUGGGGUGCACAGUGGUCAUGUUCAGACGGGAAUGCUAGAUCCAUUCUGCCUUGUUUCAACUGAAAUAGGGAAAUGCCAGGAUGGUUAUACAAAGGAGGCAGAUGGCCCUGAAUCAGUUCAAGUUCUAGUUGCUGUGGAAGCUAAAUCAACUAUUGACACCAACAGCUCAAUUGAUAAAGCAUUUUAUAGAAGCUUCCUGGAUGUCCUUAAUAGUCCACGACAGACAGGGAGGUUUGAUUUUAGAGCUCAGUUUCCUAACUACAGGGAAGUACUAUAUAGACCAAAGUUUGGGAAGAAAUUACUAGGAAAACCAGUUAUUUUUGACAUGGAUAUGAGCACAGGAGAUUUUCUCACUCUUCUCUAUCUCUUGAAGACACCCAUUGAAAUCAUCAAUCUAAAGGGAAUAAUAAUUAGCCCAAAUGGAUGGGCAACGCCUGCAACAAUAGACGUUGUAUAUGAUGUAUUACAUAUGAUGGGCCGUGACGACAUUUCGGUUGGUCUUGGAGAUGUAUUUGCUAUUGGAGAAGCACAUCCAUCAUUUCCUCCUAUUGGAGACUGCAAGUAUAUCAAGGCCGUUCCUCAUGGUAGUGGUGGCUUCUUGGACUCUGAUACACUUUAUGGAUUUGCUCGAGACUUGCCUCGUAGUCCUAGAAGAUAUACAGCUGAAAGUUCAGUGAAGUUUGGACCAUUUAGAGAUACUGAUCACCCUGAACUCAGACAGAUGUCUGCACUUGAUGUUUGGAAAGAUGUUGUGCAAUCUCUAGAUCUGGAGAAAAAAAUAACUGUUUUAACCAACGGACCUUUGACGAAUCUCGCUCAAAUUGUACACCAUAAAGCCAUAAGCACAAGGAUUCAGGAGGUAUAUAUUUCUGGAGGAAACAUAAAUUAUGGUGUAGACAAGGGAAAUGUGUUCACUAUACCUUCAAAUGAGCAUUCAGAAUUCAACUUCUUUCUGGACCCCACAGCUGCAGAUUUGGUUUUGGGCUCGGGAUUGAACAUCACACUUAUCCCAUUGAACGUGCAACGGAAAGUAAGUUCUUUUCACAAGAUCCUCAAAAAGUUGAAGCUCGGAAACAGAACUCCCGAAGCACGGUUCUCUCGACGUCUACUCUCCAGGCUAUAUCACCUUAAGCAGAAGCAUCAUCAAUACCAUCAUGUGGAUAUGUUCUUAGGAGAAGUCCUUGGUGGAGUGAGCUUAGCUGGAAAACAUAUGAAUCUGAAGCAAACAUUCAGCAUGAAGCCUCUCAAGGUAGUCACAAAUGGAGGUGAAUCAAAAGUAGGGCAAACAAUUAUAGAUGAGAAGAAAGGGAAGUGGGUGAGAGUUUUGGAGAGUGUAGAACCACUUGCAUUCUAUGAAGAUCUUGCAAAUGCAUUGGCUGAUGAAAAGCAAUCUGCUGUUAUUGGAAGCUUUGAGGGCCAGAAAAGGCUGUGGAGUGCUUAAGUAUUGGUUUUGUAUGGUGAAGGAGAUGUGUUGAAGAAUGUACAUAAGAAGCUGAAUGAUAAAUAGCUACUCAGAAACCCUUGUAUUAUAAGUGUCAUACUUAUGUGACUCUUCUCAGAGCUUGGUUUUAUGACAAAUGAAAUAUGAAAAAAAA